AUGUCUUGUGGUCCUGAACUUGCCAAAAAAAGCAUAUCGAAUGUUGAUUUACUUUCUGUGGCAAGUGAAUGCGAAGGUUAUUUGGCAGCAGACCUUAAAACACUCGUGGAACGAACAAUACAUGAGGGUGCAGUUAGGAGUUUACAAAACAAUGUCAAUGAAGCUGAUUUUUUAUUAGUUCAAGAUGAUUUCCGAAAAGCGCAGAAAGGGUUUGUUCCCUUUUCACUUCGUGGUGUGAAAUUACAUACUUCAGAUGUAAGCUGGACUGAUAUAGGAGGUCUUGAAGAAACGCGAAAGGUAUUAUUAGAGACAUUGGAAUGGCCUACAAAAUACGCGUCUAUUUUUGCCAAUUGUCCUCUUAGAUUGCGACUCCUUUUAUAUGGAUUUCCUGGUUGUGGCAAGACACUAUUGGCAUCAGCUGUUGCAAAAGAGUGUGGACUCAAUUUUAUUAGUGUCAAAGCUGCCAAACCCUGUGCUUUAUUUUUUGAUGAAUUUGAUUCUAUCGCACCUAAAAGAGUGGUUAAUCAAAUGUUAACUCAAAUGGAUGGAGCUGAAGGUCUUGAUGGGGUAUAUGUUCUUGCUGCUACAAGUCGUCCGGAUCUCAUUGAUCCCGCAUUAUUGAGACCAGGACGUUUAGAUAAGUCGUUGUUUUGCAACAUGCCUACUUUACAAGAAAGGACAGAGAUCUUGAAAGCAUUAGCUCGAAAAUUGGAUUUAAGUGAUGAUAUUGAUUUAAGUUACUAUGCAAACAAAUGCCAAGGGUAUUCGGGAGCGGAUUUACAAGCAUUAUUGUAUAAUGCUCAUCUUGAAGCAAUUCAUGAAACUAUAGAUUCUGAAAAAUUCCUAGAAAAGAAAACGCCGAGCACUAAUGGCAGAGAUAUGCAAUUUGUCUGUUUCAGCGCGAAUUCGAAAAAUAAUACUACAUUAACUGCUGCUGAGAGAUCACAACUAACAGAAAGAGUGCUUUCACCUGAAAAAGUUGUCGAUGAAGGAAAUGACAAAGAACAGAAUAAGCGAUCGUAG